GGUUGAGUUUGAAAGAACCAAAGUUGAUGAUGAUGGAAAGGAGUCCACAAAGACUGUGAAACGUACCCUGUUUGGACGGUGGAACCCAUACCCCCAGAAGAAGGUGAUGACCUUCAACAAGCACACCACAGACUUCACAUUUGAUGUUAAUUAUGGAGACCUGUCAUUUUUAUCUGAGACAGAGCUAAAGACAUUUGGUGACCUUGAACUGAACAAGGUGUCAUUGGCGGGUGUAGCAGAUGCACAUACCAAAUAUGGCAAGGAUGCAGAGUCUAAGGGGGUCAAGGCACACUUCAAGAUGGAUGAGAGUGGAAUACUGGUUCUAGAUAAGGUCGAGUUCCAAUUUGAAAAGCAACCAUCACCAGAAGAUGACCAGUCAACAUUGUCUAAACUAGGCAACACAAUCUCAAACUUUUUCUCUGGCUCAACAGACGAGAAGCCAUCAGAGGAUGUGAAGGAUGGAGAGGCAAAAGAAAGUGAGGCUAAAGAGGGUGAGGCAAAGGAGGGUGAAAAGAAAGAGGCCACUGAGGACCAGAAAAAAGAGACUGAUGAUGAAACUAAGGAGACACCAGAGAAAGAGGAAACCAAAGAGGAGGCAGAAAAGCCUGCAGAGGAAGACAAACCAGCUGAUGACAAGCCAACUGAUGCUGAACCAACAGAGGAAAAAGCUGACACCACUGAGGGCAAGUCUGAUGAGGAGACUAAACAGGAAGGUGAUAAGACUGAGGCUGAUGGUGAUAAAGAGGAGACAAAGAAUGGAGAGAAGAAAAAGAAGGCAAAUGGAGAGAAAUAUGAUUCCAGGGAAGGCAAGAAAGACAAGAAGGGCAAGAAGGGAGACAAAGACAAGAAGGAGGAGAAGGAAGAAGAGAAGAAACCACCAAAGCCACAGACAAUCAAAGAACCUAUUGAGGCCAAGACAGAACAUAGAGGUCAACCUGAACCCUCUGAAGAUAAAAUACAGUCAAUGAAGAAAAAGAUUGAUGAUAUGAGAAAGAAAGAUGAGGAAAAAAGACUUCUUGAGAUUGCCAAAAAUGAACUGGAGUCCUACAUAUUCACCUACCAGGAUAAACUCUACCAGGAGGACUAUGAGAAAUGCUCAACAGAGGAGGAACGUAGUGUGUUGUCAGGGAAACUAAGUGAGGCUUCUGAUUGGCUGUAUGAACAGGAAGACAGUGUACCAACUCAGGACUAUAAGGAUAAGCUAAAGUCACUCCAGAAGGCCAUGAAAGAUGUCAUAUUACGUGUAAAGGAGGUGUCAGAGAGACCUGCCGCCUUAGAUGCGCUCAAAUCUAUGCUCAACUAUUCAGUUCACUUCAAAGAAGGCAUGAAGAACUUUACAGCAGGUAUGACUGAAGGAGAUGAGAUCUUCACUGAAGUUGAGUUCAACACACUUGCCAAACUUGUCAAUGAAACUACGGCCUGGAGAGAAGAACAAUUGGCCCUGCAAGAGAAAACCCCCCUAUAUGAAAAGCCAGUAAUCCUUAUAGAGGACAUUGCAACUAAAGUGCAAGCCCUCGAUAGGGAAGUGAAGUAUCUUGUUAGUAAGGCGAAAUACUACAAGCCCAAACCUAAACCAAAGGAAGAGACUAAAGCAUCUAAUACAACUACUAAUACAACCAGUGAGGACACUGGCACUAAAAAAGUAAAAGAUGAUAAAAAAGAUAAGAAAAAAGUAGAGGAUGAUGAUGACGAUGUUCAGGUCGAAGUAGAGAAUGGAGAUGAACCUGUAACUGAAGAACCAAUAAAAACAGAAACUAAAAAUACAGAGUCUAAUACAGAAUCUACCAAAACAGAAGAACAAUCUGAUAAUAAAAAAGAAACAGAAUCUUCAGAUAAAUCAGACAAUGAUGAAAAAUCAGAGAAAGUUGAAACUGAAGAAACUAAACAUGGACAUGGAGAAAAUGGUCCCGAUGAUGAAUUAUAA